UUAACGGACAGGUCAGAGGCAGUCGGAUCCUGUUCGUCAUUCAUCGGUCAGGACCGUCGCUCAGCGGACGUUGAGAAGACAGCGGGGACUCCUUGUUUGCGAACGGCGACGUUGUUUUCCAAAUGUUCCCUGACAAGACGAUGCUUUCCCCGUGGGACCGCUGGUACUCCACCAGCUGCUGCCUGUGCUGCCAUGUCCGCACCGGAACCAUCAUCUUGGGGGUCUGGUACAUGCUCAUCAAUGCUGUGGUGUUACUCAUCCUGCUCACGGCGCUCAGUGAUCCUGAGCAGUACCACCUGACCAGCGCCGAGUUGGCUAAUGACCUGGAUGUCAUGGAUGAUGCCAACAUGUGCAUCGCCUCAGCCAUCUCACUGCUGAUGAUACUGAUCUGUGGGAUGGCAACGUAUGGUGCGUACAAGCUGCGUGCGGCCUGGAUUAUCCCCUUUUUCUGCUACCAAAUAUUCGACUUUGCUCUCAACACCCUGGUGGCUGUUAGCAUUGUGGUUUACCCAAACACAAUACAGGACUACCUGCAACAACUGCCUGAUAACUUCCCCUACAAAGAGGAGGUCGCUGCCCUCAGCAGCGUGUGCUUGGUCCUCAUCGUGCUGCUCUUCAUCGGCUGUAUUCUUGGCUUCAAGGCCUACCUGAUAGCAUGUGUGUGGAACUGCUACAGAUAUGUGAGCGGCCGUGGAGGUUCUGAAAUCCUGCUCUACGUUACAACCAAUGACACCACGGUGCUGCUACCACCGUAUGAUGACAGCGUCAGCGUCCCUCCCAAGCAGGCUCCUCCGCCCUACACCACUGCUACAGCCUGAAAACAUUCCCAGGAUCCUGCUGACUGCACCCUGCUGUCAAUAAGACCCCAAAACUUAUGCACCACACUGCCUCUCCAGUGUACAGUAUAUUCAUGGAUAAAUUGUAGCUACACACACAUUACAGUACACCCAUGCAUGCACAUGUACACAAAGCAUCGAACACACAUGUGCACACACACCAGUACCACCACCGUGACCUCUCGUUCCUCCCUGUUGAAGUCCUGUUUCUCCUGUAACUCUUCCAUGUGUCUGUUCUGUCUCUCAUAGUAUCCAGAAAUGAGGUGCAUUUUUAUGCAUUUGAAUCUGGGCGAAAGCACUAGAAAGUUUGAUAGAUGAUAUAUAUUUUUUAUUAAUUGUAUUUAUGCUCUCUGUG